AUGUCUUCCAGCACGUCUUCCGAACAGCAACGCUUUGUGGUUUUUUUCCUCUACAAUGACAAGUCGGUACCUCAAUCCUUUCUCAUACCAAAGGAUGCAGAGGUGAAGUACCUGCGAGUGGCAAUUCGCGACGAUCCGGAUUUAAAGCAUCAUCUGGAAAACGAGACGCUACAUCUUUAUAGGUGUGGUGAGCUGGACAUGGAGCCACUCGAUGCACUCUAUCAAUCCACUUUGAAGUGGCUUCGCGAAAAUACAACUAGCAAGAUGAACCUUGCGUAUCCCCUCUCAGAAUAUUUUGCAGAUGGCCCUGCACCUAUGAAGAACAAGAAGGUAGAUGUCAUUGCUGUGACUGAAUCCAUUUUGGAAAGCCUCGACAAGGUACCCGACCUCGCAGAUAUCCGUGCUUUCAAGAUGACCGAAGAACGCCGAGCGCGUCCGGUUAGCAAAAUCCGCCGUCUUCCAUCUCCGUCUGAGGGUAUCCGCGAUGAGGCUGGAAUAAAACAAAGCACUGAUGAGAACCGCGGUGUGCAUGCUCAUCGUCCGGCUUCCAAUUACGGACCACCAACGGCACUCUUCAACCAUGCCCUCGCCAGGCUUAAACACCGCCUGCAGCAUCUUGAUGAACAAGCAGAGUUGGAGCCGCCCCCUAAUAUGCUCUUCACUUGCCACCAGGUUUCCUCAAUGUGUUGGUUGGUGCCGAUAUGUCGCCAAAAUUAA